AUGACGCGCGGAGGAGGCAGCGGGAGCCGCCGGAGCCGCCGGAGCCGCCGGAGCCGGGAUCGGGGCGCCGCGCGCCGGGGGUGGGCGCCGCUCGCUCCGCCCCGCGAAGCCCCUGCGCGCUCAGGGACGCGUCCCCCCCGCGGCAGCCGCGCCAGGCUCCGCGCUGUGGCCGCCGCCACCGCCGCCGCCGCCGCUGCCAUGUCCCCGGGGAAGCCCGGGGCGGGCGGAGCGGGGACUAGGCGGACGGGCUGGGGGAGGAGGCGGAGGAGGCGGCGGCUGGAGGCGGCGACGCGGGCGCCCGGGCUGGGGCGCACGGCGGGGCCCGACUCGCGCGUCCCGGGCACGUUCCAGGGCGCGCGGGGCAUGAAGCGGGCGGCGCGGGAGGCGCGGCCGCCUCCGCGCUCGCCGGGGCUGCGCUGGGCGCUGCCGCCGCUGCUGCUGCUGUUGCGCCUGGGCCAGAUGGUGUGCGCAGGUGACUCUUUUUCCGUCAAUACAACCAGUGUGACCACAACAUGGGAAGACACGAGUGCAACUGUCUCUAUGUACAUGACUACAGAGAACAGUGACAUGGAGAGUAACCAGACGACUCUUGAUAAACAUCCAACAAGGGAUAACGUCACAGACUUCAGUCCAACAGCUCCAAACAUGUCCUUUGUCACUUCAGAUAUAGUCAACAAGACUUCGGAAUGGGAAGCUCCCAUGGCUGUAAAUGAGAUAACAGAACCAAGUCCAGUUUCUGGUCUUCGUCUUGCCCUCCUGGGUUUCACGCAAGCUACUCUUACCUGGAAGAAUGCCAAUGGCACUGCCACCUGUCGGCUGCUCCUUGAAAGCAUCGAAAAUAGUAAGGAUUUGACGCAAGACUCAGUGGUCAAUAUCUCAGGCCUGAUACCAGGAACUCGAAACAAGUUCACCUUGUCUUUCUCAGACCCGAAUGAACAGAGAGAGUCCUCGGUUAUAAAUAGUAGCUUAGAUGCCAACAGCACAGAGAGCUCCUCCCAGCAGUCCACGACCCCCACUGCCUCUGUGUCUCAAUCCGACCUCCAACAUGCAGACCCGUCUUCUGACCAUCCUCUGACCCAACAUGCAGACCCGUCUUCUGACCAUCCUCUGACCCAAGACACAGAAGUCCUGCUGUUUGGGUUGAAGUCCAACACACAGUACAAGGCCACUGUUUAUUCUCAAGCAGCAGAUGGCACAGAAGGACAGCCCCGAAACAUAACUUUCAGGACAGUUGCCAGUCAAGUUAUUGAUAUUGAAGUUGUGAACAUCACUGCGACGAGCAUGAACCUCACCUGGAAAAUCAAUGAUAAUGAGUCAUCCUCUCCCUAUAGCUAUGAGAUCCAAGUUGCUGGGGAGACUGGUUCCCUCAACUUCCGUGUCGAUACGAAAUGGGUCUUUAUCACUUUGCUCAACUCGAGUACUUUAUACAACAUCACAGUGCGUCCUUUCCUUGCCAACGUUUCUGACGGCCUGCCGGGUUUUCACCAAGUGUACACCCCCCCUCAUCCAGUUUCUGACUUUCGAGUGACGAGUGUUAGCACAAGGGCUAUUGGCUUAGCUUGGAGCAGCAAUGACUCAGGUAUCUUUAAGAUAUUUACCUCGAAGAAUGGAACGGAAAGAAUUCAGGAGAACACAACCACCUCCCAAAAUAUCAUCAUUGAUGGGCUAACCCCUGGAACUGAGUAUCGUUUUGAAAUAUUUCCGCAAGGACCAAAUGGGACUCAAGGGGAUUCCCAGACAGUUUGGCAUAGCACUGACCCCAGUGCAGUCUUGGACAUCCAUGUGCUCAAAGUCACCACAACGGAAAUGCAGUUGGAAUGGAAGAGUACAGACAAUGCUUCUGUGUACACCUACUUCCUAGACAUACAGUCCGAGUAUGGCUCCAACCAGACAAACAGUUAUCAGAAAGAGAUCACUCUCAGGGACUUGGUUCCAGGCACCUUAUAUAACAUCACAGUCUUUCCAGAAGUGAACCACAUCAAGGGGAAAUCCAGCUCCACGGCACAGUAUACACGACCCAGUAAUGUAUCCAACAUUGAAAUAAUUACCAACAUCACAGCGGCGAACUUAACUUGGCAGAACUUUGAUGAAGCUUCUCCCAGGUACACCUACCACCUAUUUAUUGCAAAGGAUGGAAAUUCCAGCAAUGCAACACAACUUGUCACAUAUGUUGGCGUCACCUCUGUUAUCAUCACUGAGUUAAGCCCUGGCUCGGCAUACACAGUGGAGAUCUACACCCAAGUAGGGAAUACCACCAUGUCACUGACACCCAGCUGGCAGUCAUUCUGUACAGAUCCUUUUCCAGUAACCUCCUUCCACUGCGAAAUGGUCCCCAAAGAGCCAAUCUUGAUUCUCAAGUGGGUCUGCCCUCUCGGCACCAACACAGGCUUCCAGCUGGAGAUUAGCAGAGGAGCUUGGAAAAAUGUGACGCAACUGGAGAGCUGCUCCUCAGAGAACAGCACGGAGUACAGGACGGAAGUCACGUAUUUGAAUUUUUCUACCUCCUACAACAUCAGCAUCACCACUGCCUCUUCCUGCAACAAGAUGGCAUCUCCCACCCAAAACACCUGCCUCACUGGCAUUACAGACCCCCCUUCUCCAGAUGGAUCCCCGAAUAUUACGUCCAUCAGUCACAAUUCAGUAAAGGUUGAGUUCAGUGGGUUUGAAGCCAGCCAUGGACCCAUCAAAGCCUAUGCGCUCAUUCUCACCACUGGGAAUGCUGGUCACCCAUCCCCAGAUGUUUUGAGAUACACGUAUGAGGAUUUCAAAAAGGGGGCCUCGGAGACAUAUGUGACAUACCUCAUAACAACAGAAGGGAAGAGACAUCCUCAGGGCUUGGCUAAAGUCUCGAAAUACGAAAUCGAUGUUGGGAACGAGUCAAACACGCACGGUUAUUACAACGGGAAGCUGGAACCCCUGGGCUCCUAUCGGGCUUGUGUGGCCGGCUUCACCAACAUCACCUUUAGCCCUCAGAGCAAGGGCCUCAUAGAUGGCGCUGAGAGCUACGUGUCCUUCAGUCCCUAUUCCGACGCGGUUUACUUGCCCCAGGAUCCAGGUGUCAUCUGUGGAGCAGUUUUUGGGUGCAUCUUUGGUGCCCUGGUCAUUGUGGCUGUGGGAGGCUUCAUCUUCUGGAGAAAGAAAAGGAAAGAUGCAAAGAAUAAUGAAGUAUCCUUCUCUCAAAUUAAACCUAAAAAAUCCAAAUUAAUCAAAGUGGAGAAUUUUGAGGCCUACUUUAAGAAACAACAAGCGGACUCCAACUGUGGGUUUGCAGAAGAAUAUGAAGAUCUGAAGCUUGUUGGAAUUAACCUACCCAAAUAUGCUGCAGAAGCAGCUGAGAAUAGAGGAAAGAAUCGCUAUAAUAACGUUCUGCCCUAUGACAUUUCCCGUGUCAAGCUUUCCAUUCAGACCCAUUCAAGUGAUGACUACAUCAAUGCCAACUACAUGCCCGGCUACCAUUCCAAGAAAGAUUUUAUUGCCACACAAGGGCCUCUACCCAACACUUUGAAAGAUUUUUGGCGUAUGGUUUGGGAGAAAAACAUAUAUGCCAUUGUUAUGUUGACCAAAUGUGUCGAACAGGGAAGGACCAAAUGUGAGGAGUACUGGCCCUCCAAGCAGGCUCAGGACUACGGGGACAUAACUGUGGCAAUGACAUCAGAAGUUGUUCUUCCAGAGUGGACCAUCAGAGACUUCACAGUGAAAAAUAUUCAGACAAGUGAGAGUCACCCCCUGCGACAGUUCCAUUUCACCUCCUGGCCAGACCAUGGUGUUCCGGACACCACUGACCUGCUCAUCAACUUCCGGUACCUUGUUCGUGACUACAUGAAGCAGAGUCCUCCCGAGUCACCCAUUCUGGUUCAUUGCAGUGCUGGGGUUGGAAGGACGGGCACAUUCAUUGCCAUUGAUCGUCUUAUCUACCAGAUAGAGAUUGAGAACACGGUGGAUGUGUAUGGGAUUGUGUAUGACCUUCGAAUGCACAGGCCUUUAAUGGUGCAAACAGAGGACCAGUAUGUUUUCCUCAACCAGUGUGUUUUGGAUAUUAUCAGAUCCCAGAAGGACUCAAAAGUAGAUCUCAUCUACCAGAACACAACUGCAAUGACAAUCUAUGAAAACCUUGCACCUGUGACUGCUUUUGGAAAGACAAAUGGUUACAUCGCCUAAUUCCAAAGCCAAACCUUUCUGGAGUUACCCAGACUGUCACACCCACAGCAAAGGAAAAUGCCCCAAUGUGGACAUGUUUUUAUAUGUCUAAUAUCUUAAUUCUUUGUUCUGUUUUGUUAGAACUAAUUUGAGGGUGUGAAGCUGCACAUGUAAAACAUGACAUGAGAAGUUGGGGCUGUCAGGGGCUGUGGAUGGGUGGUGAGCUAAUCAACUACAUUCCUGAUUACCAAUGGGAUGAGUUCACUUUUUGUUUUUUUUUUUUUUCCUUAAGAAUUAUGGAACACCAGGAAAAGUGAGCUAUGAUUUUUUGUUUUCCUUUUUCAAAACAGAUUCUUUUUAAAAAAGACUAUUUUAUAUGAUUCACAUGCUAAAGCCAGGAUUGUGUUGGGUUGAAUAUAUUUUAAGUAUCAGAGGUCUAUUUUUACCUACUGUAUCUUGGAAUCUAGCCGAUGGAAAAUACAUAAUUGUGGAUGAUUAUCAUAUAGGGAGGGGUACGUGGUGCCUCUUCUGCCUGGGUUUUCUAUUUGAACAUGUGCCUUUUCUGAAUUAUGCUUCCACAGGCAAAACUCAGUAGAUAUCUCUAUUUUUGUAUUGAAUCUCAUAAUUGGAAUAUACGGAAUAUUUAAACAGUAGUUUAGGAUUCAAGGUUGAGCCUUCUCAGUAACAUUCCUAUUCUCAUUUGACUAGAGGAGGCCUCCCCUGACCCUUCCACAUCCCUUCUCCCCUGUUUUGUGCUCUAUUCUUUCUUCUCUUUUCCCUCCCACUUUUCCCCAAAGACACUUCUGUUGGCCACAUUUUCAGCCCAUUGGUUGAGUGAGAGUGGAAGCCAAGUAUCACCUUGAGAAUUUCUAGGGUGGUGGGGAGCGAGGAGCAGAGGAACCCUACAGUGACAUAAUCUCCUUUUCUCAUCCCUGUUUUAUCCUUUCUCUUGUUUCUGUAUUUGGUAAGAAGGAUUAUUUAAAGGUGCAAUAUGUGACUUAGUGAUUCAUGAUGCUCUAGGUUUUUAGUAAUGUUUUACUCAGGUUGGCAUUUUAUGUGUAUCUGUGCGUCCGUGUAUAUGUGUGUGUGUGUUUAAAAGCGUGGCAAUCUGUGAACACUUCAGUGUGAAAACAGUGUCAGAUGAAUCCCUCCUCCCUCAAAGUCCACUGGCUUUAGUCUAUCUGCAGUGACACACAUCCGUAUCUACUGUAUAUAUAUAUACUAAACUCUUAAAACAGUCAUUCCUUUGAAUUGAGGUGUACAAAGUUUUGAAUUUGUAUCAAAGAUGUAAUUAUUUUUAAAACCUCUUUUCACUAUACUGCUGCUGUAAUGACUUUGAUUUUUUUUAAUGUAGAUUAAUUUUGUUUUUUUGCUUCAGGUGUGUAUCCACCAAGAAUUUCAGAAUUUAUGUGGAUUUAUUUUAUUGGUACAUAAUCUGUAAACUUCUCAAGGCAUUAACAUGAAAGGAUUUGUUUCUUUUUAUUUUAUAUUGUGGCUCAGGUUAUAUUUUGAAGAAAUUUUGAGUUUAUCCUGCUAUAGGCAAUGAAGGAUCUAAGGUCUGAUGAAGGAAUCAACCAAGUCCCUGGAAUCCUGUGGCCAUUUUCCACAGUAAUAAAUCCUGCUGUAAACUUAGGACAGUUGUGUCCUAGUGAAGAUGGGAGCAGGGUCUUCUCCGGGUGCCCUGGUCACCUGGGGAAGCCUGUCUCCUCACCCUGCCAUGUUCCUCAGUAUGCUGGCACUUUGAGAACUGACCGGACAUGUGAGUGGGUUAUGAAGGGUGAACCACAAUGUACUGGAAGCCCUUGAUUUGGUUCAGAGGUUUAGUGCUGUACAAGUGCUGUACACGUCUUUUGUCCCCCUUUCCCCUUUGAGGUACUGAAAGGAUUGAAAAGGCGAGGUGGCGGUGGUGUCGUGUCUGGGGAGAACUCACUUCCCACAUAGAAAUUGCACUUUUUGCCGAAUCCUUUGCUCUUUUUCGUGACAAACAGUUCACUCAGCAUCAGGCCCUUAAAGGAAUGGGUUGUACAGGCCUGGGCGGGCCCUCCUGACUCCUUUAGUGGGGCUUUUGGCUCUUUAGGUCUGCAUCAGGGAAGCCAAGCCAUCCCAGGCUGCUGAGUGAAGCUGGGUUUGGGCCAAUUGCUUGCAAACCUCCAUGCUGGUCUGGCCCUCGGUGCACACAGGUCUCAGAGAGUUCCAUGAUUGCAUUCGGAGGCCCCUACCCAGGCAGGCAGCAGUUCUGUGGGUCACACCCCUCUCCACUUCAGUUGUUGGGAAGCCACUGGGAUGGGUGUGAAGGCAUCAAGUCCAACAAAGAUGCUCUGCCAAGUGUUGCCUAUAUCCCUUCCAUGGAGAAAUCGGAGGGAGGGACUUGGCUCUAAAAAUGCCUUUAAAAGGUUGAAGCAACGGUAAUUAUAAACAUAUUGUAUAAAAACACACAGAAAAAAAACCCAGAAACCGUCCUCCCUUCUGCAUGAUACGGGUUUGGGAAAUGAGCAGCAGCCUCAGCAAGCUCACUCUCAAUACCAUUCCAGCCCUGGGAAGAAGGCUUGUGGGGAGAGGUCUGGAUUCCACAUGGCAGGUCACACGAAGGUCAUGAUGCUUCUCUGCAUCCUGAAGAGGGCUGGGUUUGGGGCCGGUGGGGGUGGUGAGGGUAUUUAUAGCACAGUGACUGAAAAGGGAAGAUAAUUCUGUAAAUAUAAAGGACACAUGGGCUGGGGUUUGGCCUUAGAAAAGAGAAGGUGCUUUUGAGCUCCUGCCCUAAAGCCUCCCAGAAACAGUGAACUAAAAUUUGAGGAGUCCAGUGGAGAUGCGGAGAUGGUGUGAUCAUCCCUGCUUUACUAUUUGCCAGUUGCACACAGAAAAAAAACAGCCCGAGUGGGAUUAGUUAUUAGUGAAAAGUUGGUGGUCAGUUGGUUUGGGGGAAUUGGGUCAUUGGUACCUUCUCCCAAGGGCAAGGAUGUUUGCCUCCAAAGGUAAACCCAAUGACACUUGGCACCAGUGGAAAAUGUCAUUUGGGGGUCUGUUCCCUGUGGGCAUGGAGUGACCUCUGGCUGGACUUUUGGCCUAUUUGACUGCACUGGAUUUGGGCUUCAUCGACUCAGAGGCUCCUGGGGGGUGGGGGCCAACUAUGCAGCUGAUUCACUUGCUUUUCAUCUGAGAUGAAAAAGCCAGAUUUUCUUCUGCAGUGCUGGGUUGUGCUUAGUGAGCUAAACGCGUCUUGGCGACUAAUGUUGAUUUGCCUCAAAAGUCCAAGUUCUGAGUUUUCAGACUGUGUAGCCGUCAAGUGUUUGACAUACUGUAGCUUUUUUCCCUUGGGGGCACAUAUGAACAGGAUGUGUUGAUAUGGACUCUAAAACUGUAAUUUUCUUGUAACUAUUUUGGAAUGAUGCAUAUUUCUAAUGUUUGUUAUACUUGUACAGAGUAUUGCUGUUGGUUGCUUUUUUUUUUUUUAAGGAAAAAAAUGGCCUGAAAAAAAUUUUUUUAAAAAGACUCACAAAUACCAAAUAUAAAAAAUG